CUCACGGGCGCCUGGGCGGUCACCCCCGUGUCCAGGAUGGCAACCAAGAUGUCCAAGUGUGAGCUUAUCAAGAAUUUCACUUCCGAGGAGGCCGUUCAUCACAACAAGUUCUCCAUUAUAGGAACCGGAUCAGUUGGCAUGGCCUGUGUUAUCAGCAUCCUGUUAAGGGGCUUGACCAAUGAACUUGCCCUUGUGGAUGUAAAUGAAGACAAACUGAAGGGUGAGAUCAUGGAUCUUCAACAGGGCAGCCCUUUCUUGAAAAUGCCGACUGUUGUGUCCAGCAAAGAUUACCUUGUCACUGCAAACUCCAGCCUCGUGGUCAUCACAGCAGGGACACGCCAGGAAAAAGGGGAGACAUGCCUUAAUUUAGUCCAGUGAAAUGUGGACAUCUUUAAAUUAAUGAUUUCCAGCAUCACCCAGUAUAGCCCUUGCUGCAAAAUGAUUGUUGUUUCCAAUCCAGUGGAUAUAUUAACUUAUGUGACCUGGAAGUUGAGUGAAUUUCCCCAGAACCGUGUUAUUGGAAGUGGUUGUAAUCUGGACACUGCCCGUUUCCGUUUCUUGAUUGGGCAGAAGCUUGGUAUCCACUCUGAAAGCUGUCAUGGGUGGGUCCUUGGAGAGCAUGGAGACUCGAGUGUUCCUGUGUGGAGUGGAGUGAACAUCUCUGGUGUCCCUCUGAAGAAUUUGAACUCAGAUAUAGGAACUGAUCAAGAUCCUGAGCAGUGGAAAAAUGUCCACAAAGAUGUGAUUGCUAGUGCCUAUGAGAUUAUUAAAAUGAAAGUUUAUGCUUCUUGGGCCACUGGCCCUUCUGUAGCUGAUUUAACAGAAAGUAUUUUGAAGAAUCUUAGAAGAGUGCAUCCGGUUUCCACCAUAAUUAAGGGUCUCUAUAGAAUAAACGAAGAAGUAUUCCUCAGUGUUCCAUGUAUUUUGGGAGACCUUAUAAAGGUAAAGCUGACUACUGAAGAACAGGCUUGUCUGAAGAAGAGUGCAGAAACACUUUGGGAAAUCCAGAAGGAGCUCAAGCUUUAAAGUUGCUUGAAACUACCUUUUUGAAGUUACUGAAGGGAUAGUAGUUAUAGGGUUUUGUAUGUUCAAUUUUUUUUAUAAGUUUGAAUUUCAAGAAGUUGGAAACAGGAAAGGAAGUAGAGUGAGUUACCUGUUUAUUUAGCCCCCCAGCUUUUUUAUUUAGUAUCCAGA